GUGGCUGAACGUGACUGUGACCUCCUCUUCCUCUUCCUCCUCAUCUCCAAGAGCUGGAUCCCCAAGAUCUUCAAGAAGAAGACGUGCACGACAUUCAUCGUUGACCCCACAGAUGCGGGAGGAGACUUGUGCCAGUGCGGGCGUCCCCGGAGUGCCCACCCGUCCGUGGCCAUGGAGGAUGCCUUCGGGGCAGCCGUGGUGACCGUGUGGGACAGUGACUUGCACACCACAGAGAAGCCCACCGAUGCCUACGGGGACCUGGAUUUCCUGGGCGCCGGCCGCAAGGCCAGCAAUUUCCUCCGGCUUUCCGACCGCACGGAUCCAGCUACCGUGUAUAAUCUGGUCACCCGCACAUGGGGCUUCCCGGCCCCAAACCUGGUGGUGUCAGUGUUGGGGGGGUCUGGGGGCCCCACCCUCCACACCUGGCUGCAGGACCUGCUGCGUCGCGGGCUGGUGCGGGCUGCCCAGAGCACAGGGGCCUGGAUUGUCACUGGGGGUCUGCACAGGGGCAUCGGCCGGCACGUUGGUGUGGCUGUGCGGGACCACCAGACGGCCAGCACUGGCGGCACCAAGGUGGUGGCCAUGGGCGUGGCCCCCUGGGGCGUGGUUCGGAAUAGAGAUGCCCUCACUAACCCCAAGGGCUCAUUCCCUGCGACGUACCCGUGGCGUGGUGACCGCGAGGAUGGGGUCCAGUUUCCGCUCGACUACAACUACUCGGCCUUCUUCCUGGUGGACGACGGCACCCAUGGCCGCCUGGGCGGCGAGAACCGCUUUCGCCUCCGCUUUGAGUCCUACAUCGCGCAGCAGAAGACUGGCGUGGGUGGGACUGGAAUUGACAUCCCUGUCCUCCUCCUCUUGAUCGAUGGUGAUGAGAAGAUGUUAAAGCGGAUAGAGAAUGCCACCCAGGCUCAGCUCCCCUGCCUCCUGGUGGCCGGGUCUGGGGGAGCUGCAGACUGCCUGGCAGAGAUCCUGGAGGACACUGUGGCUCCAGGGAGAGGGGAGAGCAAGCGAGGUGAAGCCUGGGAUCGGAUUAAGCGUUUCUUCCCCAGAGGGGACCCUGAGGUCCUGCAGGCCCAGGUGGAGAGGAUCAUGACCCGGAAGGAGCUGCUGACAGUCUAUUCAUCUGAGGACGGCCCUGAGGAAUUUGAGACCAUCGUCUUGAAGGCCCUUGUCAAGGCUUGUGGGAGCUCGGAGGCUUCAGCUUACCUGGACGAGUUGCGUUUGGCUGUGGCUUGGAAUCGUGUGGACAUUGCGCAAAGUGAACUCUUCCGGGGGGACAUUGAAUGGCGGUCCGUCCACCUGGAAGCCUCCCUCAUGGACGCCCUCCUGAAUGACCGGCCCGAGUUCGUGCGUCUCCUCAUCUCCCAUGGCCUCAGUGUGGGCCACUUCCUGACCCCGGCGCGCCUGACCCAGCUGUACAGCGCAGCGCCCCCCAACUCGCUCAUCCGCAGCCUUUUGGACCAGGCGUCCCACGGCACAGGCACCAAAAGCCCAGUCUUUAAAUCCCCUGCAGAGCCCCGACCCCCUGACGUGGGGCAGGUGCUGCGAAUGCUGCUGGGGGAGACGCGCGCACCGAGGUACAGCGCAGGGGGCGCCGGGGAUCCCCACCAGGGACAAGGCUGCAGGGAGAGCGUGGGUCUGCUGUCGGACAGGGCCCCCUCUGAGCUCAUGCUGGACGCCAUCCUCGGGCAGGCCCCCUGGAGUGACCUGCUCCUUUGGGCGCUGCUACUGAACAGAGCUCAGAUGGCCGUGUACUUCUGGGAGAUGGGCUCUAACGCUGUGGCCUCAGCUCUUGGGGCCUGUUUGCUGCUCCGAGUGCUGGCACGCCUGGAGUCUGAGGCUGAGGAGGCAGCACGGAGGAAGGACCUGGCAGCCAAGUUUGAGGGUCUGGGCGUUGACCUUUUCGGUGAGUGCUACCGCAGCAGUGAGAAACGGGCCGCUCGCCUGCUCCUCCGCCGCUGCCCACUCUGGGGGGAUGCCACUUGCCUCCAGCUGGCCAUGCAGGCUGAUGCCCGUGCCUUCUUUGCCCAGGAUGGGGUACAGUCUCUGCUGACACAGAAGUGGUGGGGGGAGAUGGACAGCACCACUCCCAUCUGGGCCCUGGUUCUCGCCUUCUUUUGCCCCCCACUCAUCUACACCAACCUCAUCACCUUCAGGAAGUCAGAGGAUGAGUCCGUACAGAAGGACCUGGCAUUCGACAUAGAUCGGGGCCUCAACGGGGAAGGCCCUGUUGGGCUGGCAGAGCCCCGGGAGAAGAAGGCCAUGCGGGUGCUGGGACAGCCGAGGCGCCGGGGCUGCCCCCCACGCCUGCGCCGCUGGCCGCAGUUCUGGGGGGCGCCGGUGACCGCCUUCAUGGGCAACGUGGUCAGCUACCUCCUCUUCCUGCUGCUCUUCGCCUGGGUGCUGAUCGUCGACUUCCAGCCCGGCGCGCCCAGCGCCCUGGAGCUGCUGCUCUACUUCUGGGCCUUCACCCUGCUCUGCGAGGAGUUCCGCCAGGGCCUGGGCGGCGGCUGGGGCAGCCUGGCCACCCGGGGGCCCGGGCCCGGCCCCCAGCAGGCCCCGCUGCGCCGCCGGCUGAGCUUCUACCUCGCCGACACCUGGAACCAGUGCGACCUGGUGGCCCUCACCUGCUUCCUCCUGGGCGUGGGCUGUCGGCUGACCCCCGGCCUGUAUGACCUGGGCCGCACCGUCCUCUGCCUCGACUUCAUGGUCUUCACGCUGCGGCUGCUGCACAUCUUCACGGUCAACAAACAACUCGGGCCCAAGAUCGUCAUCGUGAACAAGAUGAUGAAGGACGUGUUCUUCUUCCUCUUCUUCCUGGGUGUGUGGCUGGUUGCCUACGGCGUGGCCACGGAGGGGCUCCUCAGGCCCCGGGAUCGUGACCUCCCUAAUGUCCUGCGCCGUGUCUUCUACCGUCCCUAUCUGCAGAUCUUUGGGCAGAUCCCCCAGGAGGACAUGGACGUGGCCCUCAUGGAGCAUGCCAACUGCUCAUCGGAGCAUGGCUUCUGGGCUCGCCCGCCGGGGGCUCAGGCAGGCUCGUGCGUCUCGCUCUAUGCCAACUGGCUGGUGGUUCUCCUCCUCAUCAUCUUCCUGCUGGUGGCCAACAUCCUGCUGCUCAAUUUGCUCAUCGCCAUGUUCAGCGACACCUUCGGCAAAGUACAGGGAAACAGCGACCUCUAUUGGAAGGCUCAGCGCUACAGCCUCAUCCGGGAAUUUCACUCUCGGCCGGCGCUGGCCCCGCCCCUUAUCAUCAUCUCGCACGUGCGCCUCCUCAUCCGGCAACUACGCAGGCGUCGGUCCCGCUUGCCGCCCUCCCCGGUCGUCGAACAUUUUCGGGUUUGCCUCUCCAAGGAAGCAGAGCGGAGGCUGCUGACGUGGGAGUCGGUGCAGAAGGAGAAUUUCCUGCUGGCUCGCGCGCGGGACAAGCGGGAGAGCGACUCCGAGCGUCUGAAACGCACGGCGCAAAAGGUGGACACAGCCUUGAAGCAGUUGAGGCGGAUCCGGGAGUAUGAGCAGCGUCUGAAAGGGCUGGAGCAGGAGGUGCAGCACUGUAGCCGCGUCCUGGGCUGGGUGGCUGACGCCCUGAGCCGCUCUACAUUGUUGCCCCCAGGGGGGCCGCCGCCACCAGCCCCGUCUGGGCCUAAAGACUGAGCCCUGCUGGCAGACUUCAAGGAGUCGUCCCCACAGGGAGUGUUUGCCCCCAGAGUCCUAGCUGGUCCUUGACCGUUGCACCGCGUGGCCUUGUCUUGCACGGGGGCCCCACGCUGGCGGAGGACCGCGGAGCUGCUGUCAGGACCCCCUCGGGGAGUGUUAUCCACGCGAACCACCCAGGCCCAGCUCCUCCCAGAACCCGUCCGACUCCGGGAGGCUCAGCCUCGAGCCCAGGCACUGCUCUUCUGAAGGCGCUGCCACAGCCCGCUGGGCGGGAGAAGGCUGCGGGGUCAUGGGGUUCAGGGAUCACAGAUCCCACCUGCAGCCCCCCACACUGGGGAAAUAAAGCCACUUGAGAGGA